GAGUGGUGCGCUGAUCUUCCCAGUGGCGUUCGCGCGCGGGUGAGCUACGACGGCGACAUCAUGGACCAUGAGCGCGUCGUGGUUUGGCCCUCGCGGCGAGUCGAGGAUGGCGAGCUGGUGGACCCGCACCUCUACUGGGUCCUCUCGCCGGAUGGCGACCUGUGGGAGGAGCUGCUCUCGGGGGCCUCGCCCGCAGAUGGCCCCUCGGGCGGCGAGCGCAUCGCCAGCGGGGGGGCCCCGCCUGCUGACGGUCGGAAGCUCUACAGCUUCCGCGAGCGGCCGUCCCUCGCCAGGCUCGUGGAGUUGGCCGACGAGUGCCGUCUGGCGAUGGAGGCCCGCGGGCAGGUUGCCGCCGACGGGCCUGCCCAGGUGGAGCUCGCCUCGGGUAGACUGCUGGAUGGCGGGGACGUCUUCCCGUGGGCCGCGCCGGCGCGGCCCUCGCACCGCCUCCGCGGGAAGCAGGCGCUGCCAGUUGCCGACGGCGGAGUGGGCGACGCUCUGGCUGAUGCCGCCACGGGCUCGCCCACGCCCCCUCCUGAAGGGCACGUCUGGGCGCUGGCCGAGCCCGUGCCCGACCUGGACAUCGGCGCGAUCGUUGACCCGUCGAGCGAGACGCUCAUCGGCGCUGGGGUGGACGCCCUCUGGCUUCGACGGGGCAGGGCGCUGCGUCUGGAGCUGAUGCCGCGAGGCGACGUGGCGGGCUGGAGGUCGCGCCGUGUUGCCGAGCUGAGUCGUUUGCUGGAGGUGGCAGCUCCUGUGGCGGCGCCCGGCUCCCCCCCGCCUGACGGUGCCCUGGAGACCGCCGCCGCCAGUGGCGCGGAGGGCUCUCCUGGCCCAGAUGGUGCUCCGUCGGCUGUCGCUUUGGCUGACGCCGCUAGCGAUGACACCCGCGCUCUCUGGGUCGAGUGGGACGACCAGGGCGAGCGAUACAUGGAGUUCAGGAAGGCCGUGAACGAGUCGUUGAGCUACGACUGGGGCCACCAGCGUUUGGAGGGGGGCCUGACGUGCUUGCGCACCUGCAAGAUGAUGUACCGCACGGCCGGCACCCCUCUGGCGUGGCUCGAGAAGUUCUUGCGCGACAAGAACAUCGCCCCCACCGUCCGCGUCGCACGUGAGCUUCGGCCGCUGGUGGAGGCGCUCGAGGAGGCCGGGUGCUUCGAUCAGGUCAACCUGGGGGGGCUUGCCUGCCUGGGGGUGAUCGUGCGCCGGCUCAACGCGAUCGUUGACGCCUACAAGCGCGCGGGUGCCCCCUCGUUCGUCAACGCCAGGUACUUGGCUCCUCUGGGCGAGGCGGACGAGCUGAUGGCGCCCUCGCUGAGGAGCCACGUCUCCCGCCGCGCCAAGGAGGACUGGGAGGUCGAGCAGUCUAUGAAGAAGGCCGAGGCGGUGGAUGCUCGCGUGGCAGCCCACCAUGGCGCAGAUGGUGCCACCACAGGGACCGGCGGCGGGGACAAGGGGCGAGUCAUGACCGAGAAGGCACAGCCGGGGGAGUGGGCCCCCCCUGGCUGGUACCACAACCUGGCCCGCGCCUCGCCGUUGCCGCCGUCCGAUUUUGAGAGAGACCUUUCUCCCGUGCCGAUGAUGAUGGCGCCGGGCGACUCCGCUCGGGGACGCAGGUCUCAGCGUAGGACCCACGCUCGGCAGCGUGAGGUUGAAUUGGUGAAUCGCGCCCUCCGCAGCUUGAACUGGCUGGCGGGCUUCAAGGGCGCGGCCGCUUCACCGAGUCCAGGCGCGUCAACCCUGGACAAGCAUGCAGCCCUUCAGCAGCACCUGCUCCGUGAAGCUCAUCGGCGACAGGCCGCAGCUCCGGGGGUGAUGCCGAAGGCGGAGGCAGCCCUGAGGGAGCUGCUCCGGGGGCAGUCCGUAUACGAGACGGACUCUGCCCCAAGGAACCUCGUCUCCUACCAGCCCGGCAAGGUCUCGCUGCCCGAUAGCGUACUGGACUGCCGCUUCAUCGAGGACAUCGUGAGCCCUGGGUGCCGCUCUUUCUUGGAGGAGAAUCACAAGCGAAUGAGGUUGGAGCCGGAGACAGUGGACUUCGACAGCAUGCCGCGGUUGUACAUGGACCCAGUGCUGAAGAGGAAUUCUAAAUCUUAUCGCACCUUCUUGCGAGAUCUUGCUGGACGGGGACUUCUAGGAGUGACUACCAGACCCGCCGAGUCGGUGGGCCUGUUUUUCGUGGCUAAGUCAAACGGGGCUCAGCGUAUGAUAAUCGAUGCUAGGCGAAGCAACGGCCACUUCAGAACGCCGCCAGGUGUGCAGCUUCUCAGCAGCGAGGGGAUCGGCCGGAUCGAGAUAGAGUUGCCGCUGGGUGUCUUGCCCUCGUCAGUUGAGGGGCAACGGCUGCUGGGCGCCUUCGCUAUCUACGUGGCCACCACCGACGUGAAGGACUGCUUCUACCGAAUGCGCGUCCGCGAGGACCACGGCCGCUACUUCUGCCUCUCCGCCGUCCCGAAGCACGCGCUCGACGGGAUUCAGGUGGCCGGCGUCCCGGCGGACGCUCCGCCGGACGCCCUUGCGCGGCCCUACCUUGCCGUGCUUCCGAUGGGAUUCACGUGGUCGCUGUACCUGGCCCAGGCCGCGAAUGAGGACAGGGUGCGCCGUAGCCCCAGCCUGUGCAGGGCGAUGCCAGCCGGCAGACAACAGCCCUUGAUUCAGGAUCAGGCCGAGGCUUUUGUGCUGCGAGCCGCCUCGCGCGGGGUCGGAGGCGCUUACGUGUGCGUGGACAACCUUGGCGCCGUUUCGGACGAUGCCGACCUCAGUGACAGGGUGGUCUCCGAGUGGAGCGAUCUGUUCGAGCCGGUCGGCCUGGCGCUCCACAAGUCGGAGUCCCACGGCGGCGCUGGCGAGGCUCUCGGCACGGAGCUCGACGGCGCUCGCCUCCGCUCGGGGAUCACCUCGAGCCGGUUUUGGAAGCUCGAGCGGGGCCUGACUGGCCUCCUCGCUCGGGGCCGCUGCAGCGGCCAGGCGCUUGAAAAAGUGAUCGGACAUUGCACCUUCUGCGUUCUGGCUGCCCGUGAGUCCCUUUCUAUCUUCCACACCGUUUAUAAGUUCAUUUCGGUCCAGUAUUUUGACGUGAGCACAAUGUGGCCCGAAGUGGUCGAGGAGCUCGUAGCCUUUCGAGGGGUCCUUUUGCUUCUGGGCCGCGACUGGUGGCUGCCGUGGAACCCCUGCGUUUUGGAAACCGACGCCAGCCUAGCGGGCUGGGCGAUGGCCCAAAGCUUCUGGGAGCCGUCUCAGGUCGCCAGCGUCGGUCGCGUCAGUGAGCGUUCCCGUUUCAAGCGUGUCUGUGCUCACUCCGCUCGGGAAUCCGCACUCACUUCUGCCCACCUCUUCCGUGACGAGUCAGGCGAGUGGAGAAGCCAGUUUUUAGGAGACGAGCCUCAGUUAGACGACUGGGAGGUUGUGGCGGAUUUUCCCGAAGUCCCCUGGCAGCUCCUCCGAGGCUCGGCCUGGGAAACCGUCCGGAGGGGAGUCUGGGGCCUUAGCGAGGGCAUUCUGGUACUGGAGGCCCGGGCCUUGGUGAAGGCCAUUCGUAGGCUCGCCAGGACCAGACACGGGUCCUGCAUCAGACAGCUCUUCUUGUGUGACAACAUGGCCGUCGUUCUUGCUUUCGCUCGCUCGAGGAGUCAGGACUUCAAGCUCCUAGUCCAGAUUCGGCGCUUCAACGCCUAUGCCCUUGCCCUUGGAUUCCCUCAGAGUUUAACCAGAGCGAUGCCGGGAGCCGCG